AUGAGCAGUGCGCAUGCACAUGAUGAGGGCACGCAAUAAUAUCCGCCCGUUCGCACUGCCGUCGGUUGAGAACGCCAUCUGUACGUCUUUGGAAAGAUCUGCUUGGGUUGGUGUCUGGCUGUGCUGCUCCUUGGUUCUUAUCGUUUGUGCAGACCAUAGUCGUUUAGCAUAGAUGGCUGAGAACGAAGGGGGCAAGAAAGGAGGCAAAGAAGGAAAAGGAGGAAAAGGGGGAAAAGGAGGUAAAGGAGGAGGGGGAGGAGGUGCUAAGCCAAAGUUGCCUGAGCUGCUCAAAUCAGAUGACUUCACAGGCCAGUACAAGGAGGGGACUGUGGUACUGAGAACUGACAUGCCCGAUCCCUACCAGCAGGCCUACAACAAAGCAUGGAUCGCGGUGAGAAUGAACAAGGAGAAGCAGUUCAAAGAGGCAGUGGAUAAGCUGAUAGAAACCUCACAGGGGACAACAGCUGAGGCCGCGCCACUCGAUGUCCACUGUACCAAGGUCAAGAUCACAUUUGGAGACGUGGAAAAGAAGGUGGAGCUCAAGAUGUGUCUCCUGGCCUUUUGUGGCUUCCACGGCCGACUGGAUUUCGCCAAUUACCUCAUCGAGAGAGGAGCCAGUAUUGACUCUGGGGACAUGGAGGUGGGGUCACCACUGCUCCAGAUGAUGGUGAUGCACGAUGCCAGAUGUGGGUCCAGCUCUCUCUCCAUAGACACUCUCCGGUUCUUCACUGAGGACCACCCCUCUGUGCUCAGCAGGAUCAUCUCCACCGGUGAUAAUCCAAAAACUCUCACAAAGGCGACAGUUUUGACAGUGGCCCUGCACAUGAAGAGACAGGAUAUUGCCCAGUACUUCUUCAAGGAGCACAAGCUCCACCCAGUGUUCUGUGGCAGUAGAGACUACCCUUCUCUGUUCCUGGAGUACAUAGAGUAUGGCACGUUUGAGUUCAUCCCCUGGCUAUUCACUGAAGGCUAUGACACGAAGGAGGAGAUUGAUCGGUUCACCGAUGAGAUGUUCCAGCCCGAGAUCAUGAGGGCGGGGCUUGGUGAGGAUGGGAAGCCACGCACUGGCAGUCUCACCGAGAGUGCGGACAGGAAUGACCGCUGCGUGGCCCAUGCCAUGCUCCUGUGUGCCAACCGCAGGGGUGUCAACAUGCUCAUCAAGAAACGACCCGACCUCAUUGGGGUGAACAUACUCUAUACAUAUCUGUUACAUGAAGUGUGUAUCUUCCCAUUGUGUGUAUGUAUCUGAGCCAUGUUUGUACACUGUGCCUUGUUUUGCGCAGUUUUUCACUAACAGUAGGCCCGCACAUGACUAUUCUGUAUGCAUAGCAACAGUCAACUGGGCCAUA